AGUUUUCGUGUUGUCACUGUUGUAAAUCAUUCGUAUAUAAAUCCGUUGAAUACGAGUGAAGUGUUAGUUAGAGGUAUUUGAUAUAUUAUUAAAAUAAUGGCGCCAGAAAUAAAAUACAAUAAAAUUUUUAUCGACAAUCAAUGGGUCGACGCCGUGAAUGGGAAGACAUUUGAAACGUUUAAUCCUCAUGACGGUGCUACUAUUGCGACAGUGGCUGAAGGAGAUAAGGAGGAUAUUAAUGCCGCCGUUCAGUCCGCCAAGCGUGCCUUCCAUCGCAAUUCAGAAUGGCGACUGAUGGACGCUUCGCAGCGAGGCAAGCUCCUCAACAAGUUUGCAGAUCUCGUAGACAGGGAUUUGGAUUACUUGUCCGAACUUGAGACUUACAAUAAUGGUAUGGUUUUGACGACGUGUCGGGCAUUCGUCGGAGCGGCCGCUCAUCACAUAAGAUACAAUGCAAGUUUGGCGGACAAAAUUCAAGGCAAUACCGUACCUUGUGAUGGUGACGUUUUUUCCUACACAUUGAAACAACCAGUAGGAGUUUGCGGCCUCAUUUUGCCCUGGAACGUGCCUGUUCUCAUGUUCAUCAGUAAGGUUACAACUGCGUUAGCAGCAGGUUGCACGAUGGUGGUGAAGCCGGCGGAGCAGACGCCGCUGAGCGCGCUGGCGCUGGCGGCGCUGCUGGCAGAAGCCGGCGUGCCGCCCGGCGUCGUCAACGUCGUGCCGGGCUUCGGAGAGACCGCGGGCGCUGCGCUUACGCACCACCCUGACGUCGCUUUGAUUUCUUUCACUGGAUCUUUAGAGGUCGGCAAAUUAAUCCAGCAAGCAGCCGGAACAAACAACCUGAAGCGAGUCGUGCUCGAGCUCGGCGGCAAGAGCCCGCUCGUUAUCAUGGACGAUGCAGACUUGAAUAAAGCUGUGCCGUAUGCUGCACAGGCAGUGUUUCGUCAUCAAGGCCAGGUGUGCAUAGCCGCCUCCCGCUUGUUCGUACAGGCAGGAAUAUAUGACAAAUUCGUUCAGAAGGCUGUAGAAAUCGCCAAGUCUUGGAAAUUGGGGAACCCUGUCCUUGAAACUUCUCAGAAUGGCCCACAGAUAGAUGAGACUAUGAUGAAUAAAGUUUUGGGAUACAUAGAGAAAGGAAAAUCUGAGGGUGCAAAACUGCUUACGGGCGGUAAGCGAGUCGGGACAACAGGAUUCUACAUCGAACCGGCCGUGUUCGCUGAUGUUAAGGAUGACAUGACUAUUGCCAAGGAAGAGAUUUUUGGACCCGUACAAAGUAUUUUGAAAUUUGAAACCUUGGAGGAAGCGAUCGACCGCGCCAACGCCACAAACUACGGUCUCGCAGCGGGUAUCUUCACAUCCUCUAUCGAAAGUGCUCUUCAGUUCAGUAAACAUGUGGAAGCCGGAAUCAUUUGGGUAAACACGUAUUUCCAACUUGGAGCACAACUACCUUUUGGUGGCUUCAAAGAAUCUGGGAUUGGAAGGGAAGGUGGCCUGGAUGCGGUAAAUUCAUAUUUAGAAGUAAAAUCUGUCACUAUAUCUUUACCAAAGAAAGUAUAAUUUUACUUAUAAGUUGUUGGAAAUAUACUUUACAUUUCUUCUUAUA